AUGUCAAUAAGAGUAGUGUCUCGAUUUUUGAUUAGGAAUAGUAAAUUACACAUAAACUACAACAAUGUUUGCAGAACUUUAUCAAGUUACAGUCAAGAUCAGAGUUACGAUAAUUUAAAAAAUAAAUACUUUUUUGGCGGCAUCCUAGUCGCCGCUGGUGUUGUAGGUUAUGUGACUUUAAAGGAAAAGGUGUCUGCUGCGAGUGUUAUUAAUUUAUCAGGCAGACGUGAUCAGUUUAACUUUAUAGCUGAUGUUGUAGCCGUAUCCGCGCCUUCUGUAGUGUACAUUGAAAUCGAGGAUUCCAGAAGAUUAGACAUAUUUACUGGUAAACAAUUAACACUGUCCAAUGGAUCAGGUUUUAUAGUGAAGGAAGACGGAUUAAUAUUAACAAAUGCUCAUGUUGUGGUUAAUAAACCUAACGCGACCGUCAAAGUACGGUUAAUGGAUGGUUCAACACAUAUCGGUAUAGUUGAAGAUGUAGACUUGAAAUCAGAUCUAGCCACUCUAAGGAUACCCGUCAAGAACUUGCCGACAAUGAAACUCGGAUCAUCGGCUGAUAUUCGUCCUGGCGAGUGGGUGGUAGCAAUGGGCAGUCCUCUGGCUUUAAGUAACACAGUGACCGCGGGUGUAAUAAGUUCAACUCAACGAGCCAGCGAGGAAUUGGGACUGAGAGGCAAAGACAUGGUUUACAUACAGACCGAUGCCCCAAUCACCUUUGGUAACAGCGGUGGACCACUCGUCAACUUGAACGGGGAAGCGAUAGGUAUCAACAGUAUGAAAGUCACAUCAGGAAUAUCAUUUGCCAUACCCAUAGACUAUGUCAAGGACUUCCUUGAAAAACGAACAACUAAAACACCACCAGUUUCAAGAAGAUACUUAGGCAUAACAAUGCUAUCUUUAACACCCAACAUACUUAUGGAGCUACGAAUGAGGAAUCCUGAGGUAUAG